GCUGAAGCAGUAAACAAACAGUGACAUGACAGACUGAGGGAGGCGUCUCCUUAAUGUCUCUAAUAUGGAGUCACUCAUUAACAAAGCUGAUUAUUUGAUAGAACAGAGUCAUGAGGUGCUGGUGCAGGGCGGCUGUGGUGCUCUUCAGGGUCAGCCGCUCUUUAGGAAGCUGGCGGCCAUAUAUGCCGAGGAAGCCACCAAGAUCCCCAGACUCAAGAGCAUCUGCCUCACUCACAAGUUGUUGGAGAAGUUAGUGAAGCGAGAGAGUCUCAACUGCCUGGUGGUUAACUUGUACCGGGGUAACGAGGGAUAUUCUCUGGCUAUCAAGAUGUCGUCGGGACUUGAGACGGAAACUGUCCGCCUGUCGUAUGAGGAGGACGUUUUGCUGACAUAUAUUGAUAAUGAAAAGCUUCCCCCGAUGCUCCUGGACUUAUUAGAUGAGUCCAAUAUAGAAAUUUACCACUCGGGGUGUGUCAUCGCCGAGGUGCGAGACUACAGAAGAACACUGGAUUCAUCGUACGACACAAGAUACCUCCUCCUUCAGCCCACGAGUCAGUCAGUAGCAGCCGACAUCGCAUCAAUGACUCGUGACCGGGACUGGACCACAGAGGAGCGACUUCACUUAGAGGCCGAGAUAAUCAAACGGACGGCUCCUCCCCUCAACCUGUCACCAUCCCCUAUGGUUGCGAUCAUCAACAAUAAACUUCACCAACGGAAAUAUAAGUUUUCUACCGUCCCCAUAAAGAGAGCAGCUCGGAGGUUUAGUCAGGUUGCUCAGAACCGUCAGAAGGUGUUUGAGGAGUCACCUGCCCCCAAGUGUCUGAGGUUACAUAAUUUCUUGACUGCGAAGAAGGACAAACGACCCAACCCUAAAAAUAUAAUAAAACCCUUUACUCCACUGUCAAUGGAUGAUGCCCCAGAGCUGAGUGUUCCAGACAACAUCGAUGUUCCUAAGGUGGCUCGGACAUAUGAGCGACCAAACUACACAACUGACAACUCUCUUGUGUUCAUCGAAGAGCUGGUGCUGGAGACAGAGCGCGGCCAAGGGAGGAUAUAUCACACCAAGCUGACCAUAUCGCAGAGGAAGACUGACGAGGUCUACUUUGGUGAGCUAUAUGUUGACCGUGACUAUCAAGAAGGUAAACAGAAUGGCUCCACGUGCAAGUUUCAGCUAGGAACACAGCAGCAAGUGUGUCGUUAUAUCCAACAGUUUAAGGAGAUCUUCACGGAGGACUGGAGGAAGAGCGUCAAGAUUACACACAGAGUGGCGGGUCAAGCGGCAUACUCAACAUUCAUGCAGGGGAGCCGCGAUAAGAAGGAGGAACUUUUCAAACAGUCGUCCUCACAACAGGCCGGACAGCAGCAAAUACAAGUACAGCAACAGUCACAGCAGACACAACAACAACCCCAACAACAACAACAACAAUCCCAACAACCUAUACAACAGCAAGCAGUAGCAGUUGCAGCAGCAGCAGUAGCAGCAGCAGCAGCUGCAGGAGGAGCCUCUGGGGUGUCAUCUGCUUCAUCCACAACAACUAUGAGUCAACACACCCAACCUAACGUUAUCAUUGUGUCUAAUGGUGAGGGAGGUGUGAAGAAAUCAGUGACUGUUGUGACCAAACCUAUCGCUGUAACGUCAUCAGCAGCUCUCCCCAGCCUCAUAUCAGCUCAGCCUGUACAACAAACUUCAGGUGGACAACAUCAGGUGGUAGUUGCCAGAAGUGCCAACAUAACUAAUAUAUUGAGUAGAGCGACAGCAACAGCAGCAGGGAUGGCUGGCAUGGCUGGAGGCAUUGGUGGAACUACAAAACUGGCAGUUGCUGUUACAACAGGUCCCGGGAUCUCAAAGAUUUCUCUUCCGUCGCUCACAACACAGCUGAGUCGUUCAGUGCCGGCUUACUCUCAGGCUGUGUCCCUGGCCAAGACUCAGAUCUCGUCGCCAUCACUGACGGCACUCCUGAAGGGCACAGUGCCAGCGAGCACACAAGCUGUCACCAUACCCCCCAGAUCACAGGUUGUGAGUCUUGUUGGUAGCGUCAACGACUCCGUUCAUGCAAAGUCUUCCGCUAAUGACUCAUCGACUUCAUCUCUUAAUGUGUCCGGUUUACAACAGUUAUUGGCAGGAACACCGUCGGCAGACAAUCCGGCCCCCCAAAGAGGUGGACCGUCCCUGUUAGAUCGUCUUUCUGCCCAGUCAUCAAGUGCUGUCGCUGCUGCUGCUGCUGCUAAUAAGCAAGAUGGAGGUGGCAUAGUGAAGGUUGGAGGAGUUACGAACGUCUCGUCCAGUCAGUCAAAUGUUGGGAGUUCAGCGGCGGCGGCAGUGUUACGCAGUGAUAGUGGCACAGGCGGUCCUCCUCCUAACGUUAACAUUGCCAGUCUUAAUCUACCAGGUCUGAAUGUGGCUGGCCUGCAGAGUCUGACAACAAACCUUGGUGGCCUCCAGAAUGUGCAAGUUACCAUACCUGGUCUAGCAGUGCCCAUAUCACUGUCACUUAAUGUACCUGUCAGCAGCUCGGCUGGUGUCAUAUUGUCCUCACCACCACCUGCAAGUGUGGCAACAAAGGUGUCGGGGUCAACAGCUGUUACUUCAGCAGCAACGGUGAUGAUAGCCAGUCAGCCGACGAUACAACAGGGACAAGUCGUUCAACUCCCAAUAAGUCAGCUCAACUCUCCACAACUGGCAGCACAGUUAGCCAAGUCAACAGGCCAGCAGGGCGGGUCAUCCUCAUCUAUUCCAGUCCUGCAGUGGAUUUAUACCGGUAAUGAGAAAAAUUACUUCCUCUCACACACGCACUCACACACAAAAAAGGUUCAGGGUGUGGGAGGACAGCUGUUUACAUCGGUGCGAGGAGGAGCAGCAGCAACAGGUGGUGGUGGUGGAGCGGUGGGCACUGGUGGAUCACUGUCACAACAGACUGUACAAGUAGCACUGCAGACAGGACAGGGAACUGGUACUGUUGUAUCAAGUGGUGAAUCCAACAUGGCAUCAGGACACACAACAACUUCUCAACUUACAGCCAAGCAGCAGCUCCAGAUGGCUCUACAAAAGACGGGGCAUGUGAGUAGUUUUACACAGAUACAGCUACAUCAUAAGUUGACUGCUCUUGCUAAACGCAACCAACAGCAGCAGCAGCAACAGCAGCAACAACAACAGCAACAACAACAGCAACAGCAACAACAGCAAUAAAAUUGUAAAAACUAGAUAGAAUACAGUACAGUACAGUAUACUGUAGAACUGUACAGGGUGAUUCACUGACUGGUAGCCUCACAGUUUUGCUGAUAUAACAGUUAUUGAUAAACAAAAGAGAGGGAGAAACACUUGGUGGUUCAGUGGUAACGUGCGUAUGAUUCACCAAUAUGUCAAGGGUUUGAACCCACUUGGCUCAGACACACGUGAGAAGUGUGACCCUCACUACCAAACAUCACAGGUUUCCCGGUCCUCGGUUUCCUCCUGUACUACUAGUAAGCUGAUUAGUGGCGAAAAUAAAAAAAUAAUAAUUUACUGAAAAUACUGUACACGAAACACUAAUACAGUAGAGUGACCAGCGAGUGAUUCACCCUUCAUGUUGUACAACUUUCUUCAGUUGAUGGGUAAUUUUAUAGGCUAUGUGUAUAUGUCUUGUUGAUUUAAUAGUACAAAUAACUGGUUUUAUGAAGAAUAAGGUAGCCAGGUGCUACACUUAUAUUACUGUGUAUUGUGACAGUGAAACUAUUUGAUCUCAGAUGUUAGUUUACAAUUCAUAGAGACAGUUUUAAACUGAGCUCAGGCUUCUACUGCAGCUAAAAAAAUUAUGAUAUAAUUAAUAUUUUUUAUUAUUUAAGAGAGUGAGAAUGAAUACAAGUUUGUGAAGGGUUUUGAGAGAAGUGAAAUAGAUUGAUUGAAGGUGAAAAUUAGAGUUUUAAGAAUGAGAGCUUCAGACAGAGACAUUAUAUAUUUUGAAAGAUAAAAAUAGUAAGUGAGGGAAAUUAUACAUGACUAAACAUUGAUGGUAAAUAUCCACCCAUGUGUUGCAAGGCUGUAACUGUAAUGAACGAUAGCAGUACAGUAUGUGGUUAGUAUACAGUACAAUACACAGGUUAGGUGUGUUGUGCAUAUUGGCCUCGUACAACACUCAAUUGAUUUAAUCCACUGGCAUAAUUUAUUUAAUGCUGUGAGAAAUAUAUUCUUCAAUGGUUUAUUAUGUGAUAUUUUAUACAAAGCAGAUAUCUACCUCUACCUGUUCUACUCCACAGUGCAAUGCUAGGCCUCUAGAAUGUUGCCUGCUCCUGUUGCACACUCAUACCUGCACAAGAGACCAUUAUUGAGCGAAAUGUUACAUCACAUUGAAAGUGUCUGGAGUAUAGAUGUGUUCCCUAUGUUGUUAUUGUAUACUUGUUCCCUGCUCUAGUGAAGGCUAAAUAAGUGAAGGUUUCUUUCAUUGUUUAUAAUAUACUGCACUGUACAGUAUGCUUGAAUGUUUUCCAGCUCAUCUCAAGGUGCCUGCCUCAUCAUACUGUAAUUCUUUUUUACAAGUUUUUUUUUCAGAUUUUGUUUUUAAGAUUCCAUAUCUGAGAUUAAUGAAGCAUCACACUCAUACUUUCAUUCCAUCAUGUGAAGGUGUGCCUUUUCUUGAAAAUUAUUGUUUUUUAUUUGUUUACAAUAUACAGUACCAUGAUAUCCUAUGUGAAUCUUGCAGUGUCGUCCACACUCACAUGUAAAAGUUUACUUUUUAUUUUCAAUUCUUCACAUAACAUUAAUAUACAGUAUCUCUUGUAGAAUCUGAUCUGUAUCAGUAUUUUUUUUUUUUUUUAGCACCAGAACACAAGACUAAUUCAUGCUAAUGAAAGUGGGUCCCAUAGGUAUGACUGCCCAAUGAGGACAGUGAGGAUAUAGUACACUGUACACAAGGAGGCAGCAUGGCCAGUACUGCUCUCGACCACGUUCACUUGCCCAAGUUGUAAACUGAGAUUCUCAUAUACAGCUGGCUGAACUGGUAGCUCUUGAACCUCUGACCCCUGGAACAGGAGGCAAAUGCUGUAUCCAUUCUUUGCAUUAUAAUUAUGCAGGUUGGAUUUAACACUACAAAGCCGUGCCUCUGGCUGUCAUUCCUGCUUGUAAUACGUGAGACUAUGUGUAGUAGUAAACUGGAUCUUAAAUACAUAGUACAGUACAGUACCUUACAAACUGUUAUUUUGAGGAAUCUCUUAUACAGUACAUAAUGGAGAAAUUUAAGGAGUAAAAAAUUUAAACAUCUUGGCCAACAUACAGUACUUUUGUUGCAACUUUUGCACUCCUGUAUUGGGGUUGGGUGUAAAUAGGACUACCCCGUAUGGGCCAAUAGGCCCGCUGCAGGUGUCCCUUGAUAACCAAUGGAUGUGUUGGACAUGGAUUUUUCCAAGGUGUUUGACAGUCUCACAUGCACGACUAACCUAUAAGAUCCAGGCACAUGACAUCAUUGACAAGAUUUUGAUGUGGAUUAACAACUGGCUCAAAGACAGUCAACAAAGAGUGGUAAUAAAUGGAGUACAUUCUGAAUGGAAAAAGGUUCUUAGUGGAGUACCACAAGGUUCUAUCCUUGGACCCACCCUGUUUGUGAUUUACAUAAACGACAUAGAUGAAAAUGUAUCGAGCUACAUCAAAUUUGCGGACGACACGAAGAUAUUUGGGAAGGUAGCAAGUCGAGAUGAUGUGGCAACAAUGCAGAAAGUCUUGCAUGAGCUGUUCAGGUGGUCUCGAGACUGGCAAAUGGUCUUUAAUAUUACAAAAUACAAGACCCAACAUAGGAUACAACAACCCUGAUCACAACUCUUCUCUUGAUAACAUUUUCCUGGAUACUGUUAAUAAGGAGAAAGAUCUUGGCAUUAUGAUAGAUCAUUCACUGUAGGUGGCACAACAAGUGUGGGCAGUAGUGAAAAAAGCAUAUUGAGAUUUGGGAAUUAUGAAGAGUACCUUUGAAUACAAAGAUAGGUAAAUGCUCCUUCAACUCUAUAAAUCUCAAGUACAUUCCAGUCUGGAUUACUGUAUACAGGCAUGGAAACCAUACCUCCAGAAAAAUCUAACAUCCCUAGAAAGGUGCAGCACAGAGCCAAUAAGAUGAUUCUGGAGCUACUGUUUGUCCUGGAUUAUCCAUCUAGACUGAGAGCCUUUGGACUAACAACUCCUCAGACAAGGGACAAAAGGGCAAAUUGCACUGAAACAUUCAAAAUCCUGAAAGGGAUGGAAAACUUUGAACCUGGGCCAUUUGUUUGUUAUGUCAUGCACCACUAAAUGAAAGGAAAUAGCUAUAAACUUGCCAAGCUAUCAUGCUGAGUGAACAUAAGGAAAUACUUUAUCAUACAGAGGGUGGUGGACCUAUGGUACGGCCCAAGAAUAAUAAUGUAAUGUACUGUGCUUUAAAUUGCCCUUGACAAAAUUAUCAAGAACAUUGGAGGAAUCCUACACAGGCCACUGGCCUCCUUCCCUUGGCAUGGCCAUCUCAAGUGGGUGGCCAUUAGGUAAAUAAGGUAAAGUUUUUUUUCUGUUGAGUUGAAAACUGUCUAUGCAGAAUAUAGGUUGUUGAAGGCGAGAUGAAGUAAUCUUCCUAAAGUUUUUUUUUUUUACAUGACUUUUAGUGUCUUGUAGAAUCUGCUUCACUGUUCAUCAUUGACAUGUAACAGAUGGUCUUCAAGGGGACUUCCUUGCAAGUUUUCUGGAAGACUGAGUGACUGCCACUUGAUAGUGUCACAUACAGGCACCUGUAACAUCCAGCAGUAUGCCUUGUGUCAUAGGAAUGUUUACCUUGUGUUACUCAAUUGUACAAAUUUUUCCUUAUGUAGCAAAGUGGCUUAUUUAGGAUCUAUUUACACAAACUUUUACAUAUAUUAUCUUGUGUGUGUUGUCCACUAUCUGGCACUGCUGUACUGUAAUAGCAAAUUCAGAGUUCAAAUGUUUUCCCAUCUUUCUGUCAACUUAACCACAUACAUUCUCUCGAGUGAAUGGAAUGAUCCAAUUCACGCCAAAAAUUAAGCUACAUUAAAUUAAUUGGUUUUCAUCUCCUGUUGAGUAAAACUAAUCACAGUAAUCAACCUUUUCUAAUUGCGUAGAUGCUUCAGAAGUAAUCACCUUUAUUCAAUGUUAUUAUUGUUUUUAUGGCUAUUUUCCACACUUGCACAAGUUAGCGGUGAUUACCUGAUGGUAGCUGCAUGAUCUCUUGCAGGUUCCUAACUCUAAUGUCACUACGGUAAUUUAUCAGUGAGACUCACAGCUCCGUUCCCUUUUCCACUCCUCUGUUUUAUUAUAAAAUAAUUGAUAAAUUAUGGAAUGUGUUUUAGUACAGUACAUAGUCCAUGAACACUACAGUAUUAUGUAUUUUGAAAAAACAUGAGUUUUUAAAAAGAUUCAUAGCUUUGUGCCCCUCUCAGCUGUGUAGACAAGCCCUUAAAACUGUAGCCUAGAAGACUACCAUACAUAAACUGAUCACAUCACUCACCAUUUUUGGGGGAAGCUACCAGUAAUAAUAAGUGUCUGCCUGUAGUCCACCAACACUGCUGGAAUGUUGCAACCCAGUUAAGGUUUCCAUCUACUUAUCUCUCUUGUGGUCUUGUCACCAUCUUCCCUUUAUUUACACUGUACUGUACUGCACUAGACCAUCACCAUCCUGCCUACUUUUCAUCAUACACUCAACAAGUCCAACACUAAGUACUGUAAAAUGAUCGCCCCUAAAGGUUACAGUGUUACCAGUACAAACAUGACAAACCAUGCCACUGUAUCAAACUAGUGUCUUUACUAUACUAUACUAUAGUAUAGUAUACUAUACUAUACUGUAGUAUAGCAUACUAUACUAUACUAUAGUAUACUAUAGUAUAGUAUAGUUUAGUAUAGUAUACGGGUAAUUGUAAAGACAUGAAUGCAAAUGAAAGUGUCUUACAGAAUUUGUUUUCAGUUUUAUUUGAAAUGUCCCAGAACCACUGUACAUUGUAAUCAACCCAUGUGAAACUUUGUGCCAAUACUGUAACACAGAGAUAGAUGGAGGCAAGUGUUGUACCUUCGGCCCUUAACCCCAUCACUAUGAGGACACUGCUUUUUACUUUAUUCAGCUCAGAGGUGAACCUGUAUGCAAGGGGUUAAACUGUUUGGGUAGUGCAUACCCCUCCUCCACCUGCCCUUACCCUAUAACCUGUACUAUACAUUACUACUCUACUUCCUGCUUAUUUUCUCUAAGUUGUAAAAUUAAUCUUUUAUCAUCUGGAAAGGAAUUGGUUGAUAUACUAUAGUGUAUUCCCUUGCAUAUUUAUGUUUAUUUAUUUUAAAGUGCUCUAUAAGCAAUAACAUUCUUCAAACAGUGAGAUUACAUUGUUUGUGGAAGAAAUUCCAACACUUUGGAAUAUUUUAAGACAAAAAACUGUAGUGUAAAAUCAAAACAUGUCUUUUAUGUGUUUUAGGUUAGGACAGAACCCAGUGUAAAUUAUGUACAGUAAUAUUAAAUGACUUAGAAUAAUAGAUUUGAAUGUAACAAAACAUUUAGAGAUAACAAAACCGGUGAUGUAGAUUAUAUAAUGUAAUAACUAUGGGUCACAUAUGUAAAUAGAAUUACUGUAUGUUAAGAAACAUGAAUGACCAAGAUGGCAUGAUAGAAGUUAAAUAUAUUCAUAACCUUAACAUUUUGUGCAAUAACCAUAGCUUCUUGGUGACCAGGAAUGAGUGUUCUCUAGGAAACGUUGAAAAAUUAUAUUGUGUUCAUAUUUUUACUCUCUGUACUCAAUCAGGUGUUGAGGUCAGUCAGUACCCAGGGAACUUUGAGACAGUGUCAACUGAGUUUAUAGUAAGUACAACUACAGUAUCUCUACUCCAACCAUUUCCCCCAAAAGAAAGGUGCCAUUGAUGACUAGGAGGCAAACCAGGUGCCACAUUAGCAUUGUGUAUUCUUUUCAUCACUUCAAGGUCAGCCAUAACAGGUGAGUGUUACCUAGAGUUGUAGUGUACCAACCCUUGUCAUUCAUGGCUACACUAGUCUAGGGGUGUUGAUGCCACUCAAUUGAAGAACCAUUUUUAUGAAUUAGUUAACCUAGUGGAAGAUUUAGUACUGGCUAGCUCCCUAUCUUACUUUACCUUCCCUAUAGAGAGCUUCUGCAUGGGUAGAUGCCCAUACAAGGUUUCUGUAGGGGUGGAUGCCUCUACAGGAUUCACCAAUUUAUGAAAGGGUUCUGUUCCUGAAAACCUAUCAUAAAUUGGAUCACAUUUUCCCAUAGACUCCCUUUAUAAAAUCUGAGAUAUGUUCCUACAAACAAACAAAAUCCCAAAAUGUGUAAAAUGCUACAAAACUUAUUUUUAAUUAUAAUUUUUGGUGUACACAAUGAUUUUCAGCCAAUCAUAAACAUAAUAAAUGAAGUACUUAGAGUACAGUAAUAAUUUUAUACCUGUACACACUGUCCUUACUAGAAACCAGAUGAGAUGUCACAGUCCAACCUCGGUCAUACAAUGCAUGUCAGAAUCAGUCCUGUACUGUAUUUUCGUGUUGGUAUUUUCUAUUUAUUGAAAGAAAUUCAUAUAUUCAGUAUAUUUACAGCACAGGUGAUAUUAAAUUGGGUGCAUAAACUUAUUCAGGAAAUUUUUCAGUACUGUAGAUGUGUUGGAGUGGAGCCAGAGAUGGGGUCAAAUUGUUGAUACUCUGUGAGGGAAUUCAGUGUUGGUGCAACACUUAUUGCUGUAAAUUAAGAAUAUUUGUUCUUUAAUAUUACUGUACCUGGAAUAUUUGUAGACAGUUAAGACUGAUCUUCCAAGGAGUGAAUGUUGAGAACGAAUGAAGUAAGAAAUUAAUACAUAAUCAAAUAUAUAAUAUAAAGGGAAUAUUUGGCAACUUUAAAGAUGAAAUAAUUAGAUUAGAUAGAAAUGUGUGGCAGUAAAUGGUUGAGCAAUUUGUAUAUAAGUGAAGUGACUGAGUUUAAGUAUACAGUACAGUAAUUAAGGGAAGUUACGGCCAACAAGAGAGUGAAUGGAGACUAGAGUUUACAUCAUCUUGGUGUUAUAAGGGAGGAAGACGGAUGACUUGUGGGAAAAUUAAACUGUACGGUGAGGAGAAUUGUUGUCACAGUACUUAAGGUAGGUAAGUAUAACAUUACUGUCUUAAGUUUUGUUUAUGAAUCUCACUAAAGCUUAAGUAUCUCUCAUAACAGUAAAUAGUAAGUUAUAGUCUGUAAGGAAGGUCACAUUUUAUAAAAAAUAACAUAAGGUUGUGAUAUGUUAAUGAUUAGAGAUUUAUAUGUUGACUGUGCUGGUGUGCUCACACAGCUGGUUUGCAUAAAAUAAUUUUAUGAGUUUUAUCAGAUAGAGAAAAAGUCGGGCAUUUUAUGUAAAGUUUUGAUAAUUUCUUAGCAUUGGAAAUUGUAUUUAUAAUAGAGCUUUUAAUGAAAGUUAACAGUUGUGUAGUGCAAUCAAGAAAAUUUGUGUUUUGUACAGUAGUGGCUACAGUGGAACCUCCAUAUAAAGGACUGGUCUCCAUAUAUUGUAAUCUGUUAGAUAUAUUUUUUACAUCUAACGAACCCUCGAUAUAAUGAACUUCUGUCUCCUGUAUAGUCCAUUAAAUAGAGGUUUCACUGUGUAAAACUAGAAUAUUAUUUAUUCUUUACAUCUUGUGGUGGGUUAUCGCCACUAUACUACUGUACAUUUCUUUGUGAAAUAGAUUUAGAUAUAUAUUAUGUUAUACAUAAUCAUAAUGCAUCAAGGAAAAGUUAAGAAUAUCAUUAUUAGACAAACAUCUUCAGAUCAACAAACAAUUAUCACUUGAAGAGAUUCAUCUUUCUCAUAAAUAGCUCAUAUUUUCUACUCAAACAUGUUCAAAUAACUUUGUAUGUAAGAAGACUUUCAUAAUAUACACAAUGUUUAAAAUAUGAAA